AUGUCAGGCGGCAGGAUCAGACAAAACGCCGUGGCCGAUGUAAAUGUUGCUUUUGGAUAUUUGACCGUCACCAUCGAGCCGCUGCCUCCUGUGGUCGUGGGUGAGACAGUCACCCUCAAGUGCAACUUCAAGACCGAUGGGAGGCUACGGGAAAUCGUUUGGUAUCGGGUCACGGACGGAGGCACCAUCAAGCAGAAAAUCUUCACCUACGACGCCAUGUUUAAUACCAACUACUCUCAUAUGGAAGACUACCGCAGGCGUGAGGAUCUUGUGUACCAGACAACUGUCCGGCUCCCGGAGGUUCGGAUCUCAGACAACGGACCGUACGAAUGCCACGUGGGUAUCUACGACCGGGCAACUAGGGAGAAGGUCGUGCUGGCGUCUGGGAAUAUUUUUCUCACCGUCAUGUCUCCUCCCAACAACAUCUCAGUGGUGGCUGAGAACACGCCGGCGCCAUUUAGUCGAUACCAAGCCCAGAACUUCACGCUGGUCUGCACCGCCAAGGGGGGAAAACCCGCACCGUCUGUGUACUUCAAGCGGGAUGGCGAGCUGAUCGAGGUGAUCUCCUACACCCAGCAAUCGGGCGGCGAUCAGAGCGGCGGUUCAGCCGGGUUCCGAGGAGCCAGGCCGCUCAUAAGCCGGGAUCUGGACGAGACCAAGAUGCAGCGCUCCCUCUCCCUGCUAGAUCCUGAAAGCCGGUCGGCGCGUUUGUACACAGAACGGCCGCAUCGAGGCCACACUCUGGGCCUUCAGGCCUCCGAACCCAGCCCUGCUACCGAGGUCAUCCCGGAGACGGUGGUGAGCCGAGAGUUCCCCCGCUGGGUCCACAGCACGGAUCCUCUCUACUACUUCAGCCACACGCACAUCCCGCAAAGCGACGGAUCUGUGGUGGUGCAGGCCCGCCUCACGUGGACCCUCAACCCGCAGCUGGAUAAUGACGCCUUGUUUAGCUGUGAGGUCAAACACCCGGCUCUCUCCAUGCCCAUGCAGACCGAGGUCACAUUAGCUGCCCCGAAGGGACCGAAGCUCUUCAUGACCCCGAGCAGGGCCAAAGUUGGGGACACAGUGCGCAUUACUGUGCAAGGAUUCCAGGUAGGACUUCAUGGGAACGAGGUGUUCCCGGAGCCCCUCUUCACCUGGACCCGAGUGGGGGGACGCCUCCUGGACGGCAGCACCGAGCGAGAAGGCAAGGAGCUGAUUCUGGAACGGGUGCCGGCCGAGCUCAACGGCUCCAUGUACCGCUGCACGGCCCAGAAUCCUCUGGGCUCUACGGACACGCACACCCGCCUCAUAGUCUUUGAAAAUCCAAGCAUGAUGAAAAACACACAGAGCCAGAACAGUAAGUUUUCCAACCACGCAAAUGACUAA